AUGCCAUCACCAGGCCGCACGCUCCUCUGCCUCGUCGCCCUAACCACCAUCGUCGGCGGCUACAUCGCAGACUGGAACGAAACACAUGUCUACAACCCGCGCUGGCCACCACACGCCAAAUUCCACAACGGGCAGACAAUGUCCAUGGGCGCCGCCCUCGGCCUCACCACUUUGUUUUUCCUCUACGGGCCGCCAGCAUCAGCAUCAGCAUCAUCGUCUUCCACGUCAUCGACGGCAGCUACGCAAAGACUGUCGCUGUAUACAGCGUCAUGGAUCGCCAGUCUCUACUGGAUAACGCAGUUGUCGGCGCUGUUCUAUCCGGGUUCGUUGGCUGUUGAUCCGGAGUUUGGAGAGGGGCAGCCGCAGGUUUAUAUUUGUGCGGUGUUGUUGAGUUGUAUUGUUGUGGGGAUGGGAUUGGAAAGAAAGAAAAUUGCGGCGGCGGAGGAGAAGAAGGGUGCUUAA